GCUCCUCGCGAGAGUGCUGCAGGUUCUCGGUGGUGGAGGGAAUGCAGCUUUAGAGUGGAGACGGGCAGAGAGUGUUUGUGCAGGUCUGAGUGAAUGAGAGAGUGAGAGUGAGAGGUAGAAGUGUGUAAGAGUGAAAGGCAGAGAGUGAGAGAGUGUGUGAAUGUGUUGAAUGCAGUCUGCGGUUGCCCCUGCUUCCUCCGCGGCUCUGUGACUGUUCCACGCCGGCGCGCUGGGGGGGAGCUCGGGCAAAGGGAGCCGCGCAGUUCACCGCUCGGACCCGCGGCGCAGCGCCGGCAGAAGCAGCACCGGCACCGUCAGCAGCAGCAGCAGCAGCAUGCUCACCCGGGUCAAGUCCGCCGUGGCCAGCUUCGUGGGCGGCAUCAUGGCCGGCUCCUCGGACGGAGAGCAGCCGAGCGGCGCCGAGCUGCCCCACAAAUUCCCCUACAUGAGGCCGGCCUUCCUCGGACUGUCGCCGGACGAGAUCGAGUGCUCGGCGGAUCACAUCGCGCGGCCCAUCCUCAUCCUCAAAGAGACGAAGAGAUUACCGUGGGCUACCGGCUACGCAGAGGUGAUCAAUGCAGGGAAGAGUGCUCUAAAUGAGGACCAGGCCUGCUGUGAGGUCAUCAUGGUGAAGAAGAAGCCCGGAGCACCGUCCACACCCAGCAAAACUCCCACAGCCAAAAGGAGGUCAUCACUGCCCAACGGAGAGGGCCUGGGGCUCAGAGAGAGUUCAGAGUCUGAUGGGUUACUCAUUCAUUACUGGGCUCUGUUUGAUGGACACGCUGGAUCGGGCGCAGCAGUCAUGGCCUCCAAACUGCUCCAGCAGCACAUCAUAGAGCAGCUGCAGGACGUCCUGGACAUCCUGCGUAACCUGGGCUCGCUCCCCCCCACCGUACUGGGAGAGGAGCCCAACAACUCGGGAACCCCCGGCACCAAUCGCACCCUGACCCGAGCCGCCUCCCUCCGCGGUGCUGCAGGAGCUCCCGGCUCACCCAGCACCCCCCCGCCCCGGUUCUUCACUGAGAAGAAGAUCCAGCACGAGAGCCUGGUGAUCGGAGCUCUGGAGAACGCUUUCAAAGACAUGGAUAGUCAGAUCGAGAGGGAGAAAGCUGUGUAUAAUAUAUCUGGUGGAUGCACUGCGCUGGUGGUGGCCUUCGUUCUGGGAAAGCUGUACGUGGCCAACGCUGGGGACAGCAGAGCCAUCAUAAUCAGGAAUGGGGAGAUCAUUCCAGUGUCUGCAGAGUUCACUCCUGAAUCAGAGCGGCAGAGGCUGCAGUUCCUGGGUUUCAUGCAGCCCCAUUUAUUAGGAGGAGAGUUCACACACCUGGAGUUCCCGAGGAGAGUACAGAGGAAGGAAGUGGGGAAGAAGAUGCUGUAUCGGGACUUCACCAUGACCGGCUGGGCGUACAAAACCAUCGAGGAUGAAGACCUCAGAUUCCCCUUAAUAUACGGCGAGGGGAAGAAGGCUCGAGUGAUGGCCACAAUAGGAGUGACCCGUGGUCUAGGAGACCAUGACCUCAAAGUCCAUGACUCCAACAUCUACAUUAAACCGUUUCUGUCCUGCUGUCCAGAGGUGAGGGUGUAUAACCUGACGCAGUAUGAGCACGGAGCUGAUGAUGUGCUGGUGAUGGGCACGGAUGGCCUGUGGGACGUCCUCUCUAAUGAAGAAGUGUCAGAGUCUGUCACCUCCUUCCUCGCCAACUGUGACCCAGAUGACCUGCACAGGUACACCAUGGCAGCCCAGGACCUGGUGAUGCGUGCCAGGGGUGUUCUCAGGGACCGAGGCUGGCGUAUAACCAACGACCGGCUGGGCUCUGGAGACGACAUUUCCGUCUACAUCAUCCCCCUCAUGUAUGGUAACCGUCAACCAUAGAGCAGAUGCUUCUGCAGUGACCCCUGCUAUCUCACUUUCACACUCCUAUACACACACACACACACACACACACACUCACUCAUGCACUCUUGCACGCACACAGACUGAGAACCUCUACUUGUCCUGCUGUGUUCCUCUCAGUGCAGUGCAGUGCAGUAAGGGAUUAACUGAAUUGUUCAGCAACUCACUGCAGUGUACAGUGUACAGUGUUGUUUAUACUGGCAUGAGAGGAUAAAAUACAAAGCAUUUGUAUGCCACUUAAUUAUGUAACGUAUAUAGAGAUCCUAGUUAGACUGAUUCCUGACACUUUCUACAUUGCCACUGCAUGAUAUGUAAUGUAAUGUUUUUAUUAUGGAUCAUUUGACUGAAGUACACUGAUUUCUUCUGUUUAUUUUUUAUGCCGAUUGAAGGCAGAGCUCUUGCUACCCCAGUUUAGUACUGUUCACAUGUUAUAAUGCAGUAGGUGAUAAUAGAGUAGGAUGAAUGAGCAAAGUGCAAUCAUUUCCACAUGAUUUUCUGUAAUUCUUUUCUAAUCGUUGUUCGUUUUUAUGUCCAGAGCUGAUCACUACUCUUAGUGUACUAUACGUCUUUGAGGAUGCUGUAAAGUUGAACUGAUUGUAUGUUGUAGAAAUAGUAGAUCAUUAUUAGGUCAAUGUUGAAGAUUCAAUAUGUACUGUAGGAUAUAUAUAUAUAUAUAUAUAUAUAUAUAUAU